CUCAUCUGCCCUGUUUUUGACGUCUCUCUAGCACAAGGGUGCGAGGAAUCUGGAGAUGAGGAUGCAGUCUUCCCUCCUGGUCUUGUUGGUGUGUGUGUUCUGGCAGCAUGGCGGCACCUCUUUAGCGCCAGCCGAAUGCCACGACACCGCCGUGGUGAAGGCAGCGGAGGAGACCUUAGAGCAGAUCAAUGCAGACAGACAGGAAGGGUAUAUCCUGACACUCAACAGACUUUAUGAUGUCAGACAAGACAUCAAGGCAGAGGGUGUGAGGCAUUUACACCUGACGAUCGAUGUUCUGGAAACACAAUGUCAUGUGAUCAGCAGAAAAACAUGGAAAUCCUGUGCCAUUAAGGGGAUUGGUAGUCUACCGGUGUUCGGAACAUGUGAUGCAUCUGUUUCCCUUCAGAGCACCGUCAAAGUUCAGAAUUACAACUGCACCAUCCAACAAGUGGCAGCUCGAACUAUAAUAAACACUUGCCCCGACUGUCCAACUGCAGAACGGUUAGAUGAUCCAGUUAUAUCUGAGACCACAAAGCUGGCCCUGCAGAAAUUUAACAAAGAGCACACUUUCCCACAUUUAUAUGCUCUUCUGAAUAUAACAGCAGCCAGCAUGCAGUGGGUUGUGGGUCCGGCUUACUUUGUGGAGUUCACUAUUCAAGAGACUGACUGCAAGAAAUACAUUACCAACACUGAUCUCACCCAAUGCCUGCUGAAGGAUUCAGAGUCAGCUCACAAGGGGUUUUGCACUGGUGCACACACCACUGUUGACGAUGGACUGGAGAUCAAAGUUCCUGUAGAGGUCAAAUGUGAAAUCUUUCAACCAGUGGCUGUUCGUCAAGAAACCUCCAGACCUUUUGGGUCAAUACAUGUUCUCACUCCUCCACCCAUCCAAACUACCCCCAGAGCCCCACCCAUGGCCAGCAACUGCCCGGGGGAGAGACGACACCACCUUGGACUAGAUGAGCUGAAUCUCUAAUAAUGAAAUAAUUACUUGAAGACAGGCCAUCCCAUCUAAAUAAGAACUGUAUGUUCACACUUAUCAUGUGCUUUGUUGCAUUGUCAGAUUUAGAUGUUUCUAGUAUAAAGGUUUUUGCCUAUGCACAGCAUUAUAUCAUUAAAGAUAUUCACAACACAACCACAGUAAUAUGACAUAUCAUGAGUAAAAUCUCUUGGAAAAGUCAAAUUUCAUCAUAAAAGUCUAAACAAGGAAGCAAGAAAGUAUAUUUCGCUUAAAUGAAUCCUGUUUGGGACUAGUACUUUAUUUUUGCAUUGUGACAUUCUUUCCAUGACAUUUACACAUACUUUUUCUUUUUUUUUUUACAUAUUCUCAUUACUCUAAUGUGAAAAUAUAUUGUCAGUCAAUAAUGUAAUGUGGAAAAAGAUCAAGUAUUAAAAGUCACAUAUUAAUACAU